CUUAGCCUUCGUAGGUCACGGUAGGUGUCCGCGCUCUUGAUGCUCUUAUCAUUGGUACACGGUAUUGAAUCAUUGAUCCAUCUCUAUGCUAUUUUGGUCGGCAAAAGCACGAGCACCUUCAAUUGUCAUGGCGGUAGCGCUGGCCCAGUUCCUUACCCUACUUGUGUGUGUGCCUCAUGCUUCGUCAAGACUACUUGGCUCAUCUUUCGGGCUGCCAAUCUUUGACAUCUUCAAUGUUACCGCUCCGGUCACUUUUGAUUAUAUUGUUGUUGGAGCCGGAACGGCCGGUAUCCCAGUGGCAGUUCGUCUUGCUGAGGCAGGCAGUACCGUCGCUUUGAUAGAAGCCGGCUCUCUUCACUACUUGGGCAAUGGCAAUUUCAGCCAAGUGCCAUUGUACGCUUCCGCCUUUCAGCACACGUACGCGGGCUCCCUGAUAAAUCCGAUAGUCGACUGGAACUUGACCACGACCCCGCAAGCCGGUUUACAUCGACUCUACCCACAGGGAAAGGCGGUUGGGGGAACGUCCACUAGGAGCCACCAAGCCUUCACAUUCGCCCCCAAGAGCAGCUACCAGGAGUGGGCGGAUGCCGUAGACGACCAAUCCUACAGCUGGAACAACUUUCAUCCUCACCUGAUCAAGCCCAUCAACUUCACCGCCCCAUCGUCACACCGCUUCCCAAACAGCACGGCACGGUUUCCGCCGCACUGGAGAGGCCAUACCUCGGGCCCGCUGCAACUCACAUUCGGCAACUAUGCCUGGCCAUGGGCGUCUUGGGUCAAGAAGGCCCUCACUGGACUAGGUUUUGAAGAAAAUUCGGAUGGCUUCGUCGGCGGUUCGCUUCAUGGCGUCGGCUAUCAGCUUUCAACCCUUGAUGCCACUUCUUUCACAAAGGAGACGUCAGACAGCAGCUACCUCAACGGAUUGGGCAUAAACAACCAAAACCUCGUUGUUUACGCCAACGCCCUGGUGACUCGAAUUCUCUUCGACGCUUCCAAGACUGCGAGCGGUGUCGAAUUCGACUAUGGCGGUCUUCAACUCAAGAUGGCUUGUAGGAAAGAGGUCAUUGUGUCCGCCGGUGCUUUUCGCUCCCCGCAGCUCCUCAUGCUAUCCGGAAUUGGCCCCAGAGCAAUUCUUGAGCAACAUGGAAUCCGCGUCGUCUCCGACCUUGCCGGAGUGGGCCAGAAUCUUGGUGACCAAGUAUGCGCUGGAAUCAGCAGGCGGGUCAGCAUCCCAACCACCGCGGAGCUCCAAUGGAAUGCAGAGGCAGCCGUACAAGCUCUGAGGGAUUAUGGAUCGAGCCCACCUCGGGGGCCAUAUACCACAUACGCGGGUGACUUGCUUGCCUUCGAGAAGUUGCCCCAGAUAUACCGGCGGAAGCUGCCAACAUCCAUACGCAACUCGCUCGAUCUACUCGAUGCCGAUAGACCCGAGUUGGAGUUCGUAGCCUUCUCAGCGUACGGCGGCCCUCAGCCGGGCUUUCUUGGAAGCCCGGAUGGGCACAACUGGGCAACUUUAGCAGUCGCGCUUUCUUCCCCGUUCUCCCGUGGCAACGUUACUAUCACGUCAGCCAGAGCGCAGGACAAUCCCCUGGUCAACCCAGCUUGGAUGAACGAUCCCCGCGAUGCCCAAAUGGCUCUCCAAGGUUUCCGACGCCUACAGGACAUCUUGAGCAGCACGCUUCUUCAACCUGUGUUGGUCGGUCACGAAUCUUUUCCGCCUGCCUCUGUAUUAAAGACGGAUGCUCAGGUCCUGGAAUUUGUGAAGACAUACGCCAACCCGCUCUUUCAGGCUUCGGGCACGGCGAAGAUGGGUCGGAAAGACGAUCCGAUGGCCGUAAUCGACUCCAAAGCUCGCGUAUUUGGCAUCAACAACGUUCGCGUCGUCGAUGCAUCCUCUUUGCCGGUGCUUUUACCGGGCCACAUCCAGGGAACGAUUUAUGGACUGGCAGAGAAGAUUGCGGACGACAUCAUUCACACGGACAAGAAGACCGCAAGACCGAGGCCAUAUUCUACUACUGAUGUCAUCCCUGAGCAGGUGCCGAUGGGAAGGCAUGAUUGAUAGGACACUUGAUAUGUUAAUCAUAGGUAGGUACUUAUACAGGCGCUCAACCACUCGGUUAGGGGCCUCAAACCGACGAGCUUUUGGGGCCACCUGGGAUUACAUGUAUGUUCCUACACCCUACAUAAUCGGCCUUCUGCGUCUUCCUGCCAGUACAUAUCCGCGCCCACCGAUGUAUGCUGCCAGAGGGUGAAAUUUCCGUCGUACUUCUCCUUCACCCGAAGAAGCCUUUCAUAGUUGUUGC